AGUUAGAUAGUAUGCUUUUUGGUGGACAGAAGCUUACUGGCAUUCUGAGCAUGUCACAGUGUGGAGAGCAGAAGAGAAGGUUCCCAUUGGAUGUUGUUGCAAUCCUGCCUUGCCUUUGCCUAGCCAAGAGAUUGCUCCUCCUCGGCAGUGAUGGUUCCCAUGCCAGUGAAGUAGUGAAUCUGUUCCGAAGCUGCAGUAUGAAUUAUAGAGAAGGUAGCCAAGGAGCUGAAGCUAGUUUGGGGAAUAGAGGCCAGAACUUUGGAUAAGUGUUUUAAAAUCUGAAUCCAAACCCAGGGAGGUUUUGCUGCCGUUGAAAUGCAAGCUACUGCAGGUGCUGAUCUCACCUUUCCUCUUGUUUGCUCUGCUGAAUGGCAAGAGGUGGCAACCCAGCCAAUCCUGUGAGUGUAGAAUCUCCAUUACAAAAUUUCAUGCUGGCUAUAAAUGUUGGUGUCUCAGGGAAUCAUUUUAUUUUUUUAGUUUUUUUAAAGAGUUUGCCUUCCCCUUCCCCACUUUGGAUAGAGCAAAUCUUAUCAGAGUUUUCAUUUGUGCUUUCAAAAGAAAUAUCAGUGUAUAAUUAUUCUGAACUUGCCUUAACAUAUCUCUCUCUCUCUUAAUUUGAGAUGCCUUCCAGAUCCGGUUGAACCCGUUUAAAAGAAGAGGAAAAACCUUUACCAUACUUUGUUUUGUAGUUUUCCAUUUUUCUAUUGAAUCAGGUGGUGUUUUAGUAGCUGCUUCAGGUUGGAUGGGGAAAUUCUACUUUGGGAGGUUUAGUCUAUAUCCUACAUUCUAUACUAUCUGUGCAACUUUUAGCAUUUUUUUUGUCUUUGUCAGCCUCAGCUGUGUGUGCCUUUAAUGCUGAUAGUGGAUUCGAUAGAGGCGAGGAGCUAUGCAAAACCAAAAUGGGGAUUACAGUUCACUGGACAAGUCAACUUUGUUUUGGAACCUUCUGGGGAGAAGACUUUAAUCACCAGUAAAGCAUGAAGGCUACAUUAGGGAUUUCCUGUGCUGUUAUUCUGCCAUUCUUCUAUGUGCUCCAAUCAGAGAAAUGUGUUUAUCAGGAGAAAAAUAUGUAUCAGAAGCGUGUUGAAGAAGGAGAGAUUCUUGGAAUUGAUUGUCUUUUGUACACCAUGCCGUAUCAUCAGCAUACAAACUAUACCAUCCACUGGUACAUAAAUGGAAGCAAAACUCCCAUAACUAAACAGAAUUCAUCAAGAGUUCAUCAGCAAGAUAGUGUGCUUUUGUUUCUUCCUGCAACAUACAACGAUUCUGGAUCAUAUCAAUGCAUUACACAUUACAGGAAUUCAAGAAGAUGUUACAAUUUCCACAUAGCCGUUCUCAACAACAGUGCUUCACUAUGUUUUAAUGAGAAGCUCUUCUAUAAGCAAACGAUACCAAUAUCAACAAAUGCAAAGCUUGUGUGCAAUUACAUGGAUUAUGCAGGGCAAGAGACAGAUGAUUUGUCCAUCAACUGGUAUAAGGAAUGUAAACCACUACAGGGUGAACGAUUUGUCUUCUUUGAGUCAUAUGUUAUAAUAAAAGAUGUGAGAAAAGAUGACAUGGGAAAAUACCAGUGCAAAGGAUCCUACAGUUACCUGAGGAAUAAAUAUAACUUCUCAAGGAGCAUUCAGGUAUCUGUUUUAGGAAUUGAGAGGAAGAGAACUGAAAUUCUGUAUCCUAGAAACCACACCAUUGAAGCUGAACUUGGAUCCAACAUAUUUACAGAGUGCAAUGUGUCAAGUUCUAAAGACACUUUUAUUUCUAUUUCCUGGAUUGUCAAUGACACUCUUGUGGAUUUUCUUUAUAAUGGUAGAAUUAAAGAAGGAUAUCAAGAUGACUAUCCCAUUGAUGGAGGGCAGCUCUCUGUGGUGCCUCUGAACAUUACAAAGUUGCAGAAUGACGAUUAUGGUCAGCUGUUUGUUUGUCGCGCUGGUCCAGUUGCUGCAUACAUCUCCAUACAACAGCCAACCAAUAAUCUUACAGGUCUUGCUGCACUGGUAUUGAUCAUAAUUUUUCCCAUAUUAAUCUGCCUGUUAUUCAAGAUCGAGAUUGUACUUUGGUAUCGAACGUUAUGCCGCCCUCUUUUCCAUAAAACAGUUUCAGAUGGGAAGAUCUAUGAUGCAUAUGUGUUGUAUCCAAAAACUGACACUCAAGAUUGUUUUGCCCUGAAAGUGCUUCCUGAGGUCUUGGAGAAGCAGUGUGGAUAUAAUCUAUUCAUACCUGGCAGGGAUGAUUUACCAGGAAAAGCUUUAGUCAGUGUUGUUGAUGAAUCCAUGAGCCAAAGCAGAAGGCUGAUCAUUAUUUUGGUACCGGGCCUGCCUAGUUCAGAAGAGGCUGCUGAACAGCACAUAGCUGUGUACCGUGCUCUUGUUCCUGAUGGAAUUAAGGUCAUCCUGAUUGAAAUGGGCAAAAUAAAAGAUUACAGCAACAUGCCAGAAUCCAUUAGAUACAUCAAGCAAAAACAGGGUGCUAUCAGAUGGAAAGGUGACUUUACCAAGAAAAGCUCUCACUCUGCAAAUAACAGGUUCUGGAAAAUGGUCAGGUAUCGAAUGCCACCAGAACAUCCUCAUUCACUUGGACUGCCUUUGGUACCAACAACACAUAGCUCUAGUGAACCAACAAGAACAUGACUUUGACCUCUUGUUGCAACUGCUUUCAAAAGCUGUUUUGAAGGAUGCAUCUUGGACAUUGGUUUGGGCAACAUAACCUGGAUGUUUCAUCAGCAGUCAUUCUGCAAAAGUAUAUUGAGGAUCAAUGACUUUUGCAAGAGAAAAUGCACAUUUUGAUUCUUUUUCAGCCACAUACCUGUGGAUCUGCUGUGGCUGUGCAAGCAACUUGUUCAACAAAGCUGAAACUGAGAUGAUUGUCAAGGUGUUGAAACCUGUCCUGCUGCCUUGCUCCUUUUGCUAAACAGCCUGCCAAAAGAAACUGAACUUCAUGUAAAGCAGGAAUAUGGAAACUGAUGCCCUUCUGAAGUUUGGAUAAAUCCCUUCAACCAAACCAUUGGCUGGGAUUUACAGGUAUUGUUGUAGCCCAAAGCAUCUGGGCGGCACCAGAUUGCCAACUCCUGGUGUGAAAUGCUCCAUUUAAGGAGGAAGUUGCAUCUGUAGCAAAAGUAUAAUGUCUCUAUUUUGCUUUAUUUCUCCAAUUCCUAUCUCAGUUCUUACUGUAUUCCAUACUAGGUUGUCCAUAUAAAGUUCUGAAAUGUCAGUCUUUUUUCCUGGAUGGAAAUUGA